GCCGAGGAAGCCCUUAAGACUGCGGAGCCUCAGUUGAUGAAAAAUAGUUCAAAUAUAUGAUUUUCAGACUCUGAUAUAUUUCAAAAUUACAGUUUUAUUCAAAAUGUGGAAACGGAAAAGACAAAACCAGACAUUUAUAGAAGAAUUUAUUACUCGUGAACCACCCACACAAUCACCGCCUACACAAAAAGUUAAUAUAUCUACAAUCAAAAUUGCCAUUACUAAUGUUUACAAUCUCAACAAACAGUUGCAAGAAAUAUUGCAGCAUUUAAAAAAUGUUGAUCCAGUCACUGAGACAGAUAGGAAUAAAAGUAUACAAGUAUAUAAUGAACUAAAAAAGCAAGUGCAAGUAUUAAGAGAAUUAAGGGAGCAUAACGAUCUAUCUUCUGUUGUCAGAGCUAGGCAAAAAAGGAGAAAGAGAUUGAAAAAUCAAAAGAAUCAGUAUGCGAUAUUAAAAAAAGAAGCUGAAGAAAGACGGCAAUACCUACACAAUGAAAUUGAUAAGUGGCGAGCUAAGAAAGAAAGAGAUAUUCAGAGAGAAAGAGAGAAUAAGUUAUUCAGAAUGGAUGCAGAUUUAAUACUGUCUGAAGUAAAAGCAAAGCAAUCUGAUGUGAAAAAAUUCUUAACUAUUCUUGAAGAAUUAGAAAGUCUAAGAAAAGUUAAGGUGUCUAUGGCUCGCAACAGAGGAGAGAACAUAUCCUUGGAAACCGACAGAGCCUUUAACAGUAUUAUAAAUCAGUUGAGAGAGUAUUGGAAAGUAUUGGAAAAGGAAUAUUCAAUUGAAGAAAAGGGCUUAAACCUCAUGAUUAAAACUGACAAAGAAGAAAGGAUCAAUAAAAUUUCACAUAAUGUAUUUGUAGAAUGGCAAAAAUCUUUGUUUACUCAAAGUAUAGACUCUGGUUCCUCUGAAUCACAAUCUUUGAACAAUCUAAGAACUUUGAGAAUCAUGUGGGAUCAAUAUAUUAGUGGAGAAAAAGGCUCUGAAUUGCCUGUAGGAUGGAUAAUGAAUUCUCCAUCUUCAAUGUCUACAUAUAAAGAAAUGCUUGCUUGUUUCAAGAACAAUAUUUGUGAUUGAGUGUUACCAUAUUUAUUGACAAAAAAACUAUAGUAAUACUUAAUAUUUUUUAUUUGUAAAUUAACAAUUUUUACUUUUUUGUGCUUACUUACCAUAAAAGACAAAUUUCACAAGUCAAUUAUAUGUUCAUUUUUCAUAAAGUCUUAUUUAGAAUAAAAUAAAUUUAUUAUAUUUUGAAAUUUA